AUGGCUGUCGCUACCACUGCCCGCGGAAAUAAUAACCAACCCCACCGAGUCCUCCUCGUCAGUGUACCUCGCACCGCCUCGAAUCUUCUCUUGAGGAUUCUCAACAUCCCCAACCAACCCAACAUUCUCACCAGCCCAAAGGCCGGCUACUUCUUCUACGAUGCCUUCAUGACAGCCGGCCGGAACGGUCGCAUCGACAAGCCGGUAGACCAAUGGACAGCAGACGCGAAGAGCGCGACCAAAGCCUCCAUCCAAAAGUGCUUCAACGAACUAGAAGAAUACUCCACGCGAGCUCGCGCCGAGAACAAGAUAAUGUUCGCCAAAGAACACGCCUUCUGGUUCCUCAACCCGUGCGUCUUCACAAGCAACAUGGACGGCGCCGAAAAGCCCGACCCCGAGCUGCUGAAAGAGUUCCACGUAUCCAUGCCAGAACGCUACGGGUCCUCGCAGACAUUCUCUGCUAAUAACAAAACCGUCAUGCCGGACGAGUACCUGCGUACCUGGCAGCUGGCCUUUAUCAUCCGUCACCCGGCACUAGCUUGGCCGUCGAUGUACCGCGCUAUGCAGAAGUUGUCCAAGGCCGGUUUCAUUGAUGACGAUGAUAUUAAGGGGUUUUCGAUCACGAACCUGAGCAUGGAAUGGACGCGGAAAUUGUUCGACUGGUGUCUCGAGCAGCCCGAUGAGUCUGUCGCACCUUUGGUCAUUGAUGCAAAUGAUGUCAUCCAUAACCCCGGUGCUGUGGUUAAGUUCUGUGAGAAGGCUGGUCUCGACACUGCAUCCAUGCAGUUUGAGUGGAAUGGCUCUGAGAAGAAGUCUGAGAACUGGGCGGAUGAGAAUACAAACACUGGUAAUCCUGAGGAGCUGGCGUUGCAUACGAAUGCUGCUUCUAUCAUGUUCUCGACUUUGGAGGAGUCGACUGGUGUUGUUAAGGAUAAGGCUCCGGUGUCGGUUGAUGUUGAUGCGGAGGUUGCUAAGUGGCGUGUCGAGUUUGGGGAGGAGGUUGCUGAGCUGCUUGAGAAGGCUACUCGAGAUUCCAUGCCGGAUUAUGAGUAUUUGAUGGCCAACAGGGUUACUGUCUAG